AUGGCGGAUCUCAAGGGACCGGACUCGGCCUUCUUCACAGUAUCGGAUGUCAUUGUUCUUGACGAAUUAUAUCGAGAUAUCAACGACCAUGAAGCUUCAAAAGGUCAACAGCAACCACAAAUUGCCCUCGAUCGUCUAUCAUCCUUAGCUGAUCCUAAGCACCCCGGCUUCCAACCCACCGUCUUCUGCGCUUGGGAUGCUGAGGAACCCAAAAAGAAAAGCAGUCGUACGCUUCGUGAGAGCAUCUUGCAACUGUAUAUCAACUGGGCAAGAACCGUUGUACGGAACGAAACCGAUGUCGUCUUUCUCACCCACAUAAUCCUAUACUUCUCCACCGCGGUCCCAAGUGCCUUGUAUAUGUUUCACGACUUCCAUUUGCUGCAUGGGAUAGCACACCUGCUGCUCAUCAUAUGGUAUUCCGGCUCCUUCACCCUGAUGAUGCACAAUCACAUCCACAACAAUGGCGUACUAAGAAAACCCUACGCUAUCUUCGACUGGACUUUCCCAUAUAUCUUGGAGCCCCUGAUGGGCCAUACCUGGGAUUCAUAUUAUUACCAUCACGUGAAAGCUCAUCACGUGGAAGGCAACGGUCCAGAUGAUUUGAGCAGUACCAUUCGAUACCAACGGGAUUCGGUGGUUGCUUUCUUGCAAUACGAAUUGAGGUUUCUCCUACUGUGCUGGAUAGAUCUGCCGUUGUACUUUAUAAGCAAGCGGAAAUACAAUUUGGCGGCUAAGGUCUUUUGCUCGGAAAUAUCAAGCUACACAGCCAUGGUCCUUCUCGCUCGAUGGAAUCUCAAGCCCACGCUCUUCGUGUUCAUUCUCCCGUUCGUAGUACUGAGAUUUGGACUUAUGGUUGGAAAUUGGGGUCAACAUGCGUUGGUGGAUGAGCUGGAGCCGGAUUCGGAUUUCAGAAGCAGUAUUACAUUGAUCGACGUACCGUCGAAUCGCUUCUGCUUUAAUGAUGGCUACCAUACCUCUCAUCACUUGAAUCCACUUCGGCAUUGGCGUGAUCAUCCGCGUGCGUUCUUGAAAGCCAAAGAGCGGUAUGCAGAUGAAGGUGCGUUGGUGUUUCAGAAUAUCGAUUAUCUGGAAAUCACAUUUCGUUGUUUGACGAAGAAUUAUAUGCAUUUGGCGAAACAAUUGGUUCCGAUGGGGAAACAGAUUGGAAUGAGUCAGGUUGAGCUUGCGGCGAUGCUGAAAACGAAGCUGCGGAAGUUUAGUGAGGAGGAGAUUGCGGCUAAGUUUGCGAAGUUUGAUGUGGAGGAGGUGAAGAAGAAGACGGAGGAGAAGAGGGUUCAGUAG